UGUUUUCUGUACCCCGCCUCUUUCGUAGGAUCCAAGCAUGUAAUGAAUUGAAUUCCCCCUCCCUUCGAUCCAAAUCGUGCACAAAGCAGGUCAAGGCUCAAAAGCGUUCAAUAUCUGAAAUGAGCGAAGGUUUCUCGCUCGAACGAUAGCGUGUAGGCAGGCCGGGAACAGGUUCUGUGCAGUGCCAUUUGCUCAGCCGCCCACCGACGCACGCCCUUCAUCCCACCCACCACCUCCAGCCACCACGUCAGCAUGUUCUCCGAAUCGGAUAUCAGCCCCCUCGUCUGCCCCGCCUGCUUUAAGCACUUCAAGACCGUUGGAGCUCGUAACUCGCAUCUGCGGCAGUCCAAAAAGUGCUCUUGGUAUCGUGCGGGCAAGCUCGCAGAAGCUACACAGGCCGAGGUCGAGGACAUCGAGACCGCGGCGUUGGCUGAACAUGUCGGGCAAAUACAGCUCGGCAGGGAUCAGCUCUACCACUUCGUUGCUCCUGACUCUGGAGAUGUGCGUGAGCCGCCGGACGACAUACCCGCGAUCGGGACCGCCGGACCCGGACCUUCAACCCAAGCGAGUCGCGCAGCCAGGGCUCAGGAAGUGCGUGUACUCGACGAUUUCGAUGAUCAGCGCGUGUACGACGAAUAUCUCGGUGCCGGCAAGACGAUUCGAAUGGAUACGGCUCUACACGAUGUAUGGAAGCAGCACUUCGAUGUCGACAAGGACGAAGCAGCCUCCGACCAGCGCUUUCACCCAUUCGCAUCAGCUCUCGACUGGCAGAUUGCACAUUGGCUGGUCACCGAGAACAUCGGACACAAGUCCAUGGAUCGGUUGUUGUCUAUUCCCGGGGUUCGCGAAAAACUCGACCUAUCGUACUCCAACGCCUACUCCCUGUUUGCCAAGGUCGACUCCGUUCCUUCGCGUGCUGGAAAGUGGCAGACUCGUGCUCUGCGCUUCAAGGAUCGCCCCAACGAGACUCAUAUUGUGCGCAUGCGCGACCCUAUCGAGGCCAUACGCGAUCCCUCCCUUGCUGAACACCUGGUCUACGCGCCAACGAAGGUCUUCAGCAACGCAAACCGACAUAACCGCAUUUACUCGGAAAUGUGGACUGGCGACUGGUGGCACAACGUGCAGGACCAGCUACCUUCUGGUGCGACGCUCGCGCCCGUCAUCAUCGCAACAGACAAGACGCAGCUUACCAACUUCUCGGGAGGGAAAUCUGCAUACCCGGUAUACCUCACACUCGGCAACCUACCCAAGUCUAUCCGCCGUAAGCCAUCGAAACAUGCCUGUGUCCUCAUCGGUUACCUAUCAACCGACAAGCUCCUCGCUCAUGACCUCACGGAGACCGAAACCCGGGCUCGGGGGCAGCGCAUCUUCCACGAGUCGAUGCGCAUGAUCCUCGCCUCCCUCGCUCCUGCCGGCCGCCAUGGUGUCGAGAUGGUUGGUGGCGAUGGCGCAGUACGCCGGGUGCAUCCCGUACUAGCUGCCUACGUCGCCGACUUCCCCGAGCAGUGCCUGGUUGCUUGCUCAAAGUACGGCACAUGUCCGAAGUGCCAGUGUCCUGCCGACAAGCUGCAGGAUCCACAGACACACCCGCCGCGCACGAAGGCGUGGACGGAGGGCAUUCUGGAUGACGCGAUGCAGAGCUCCCAGACCGUCCCCCAGUACUACAACUAUUGUAUGACUCGUGACGUCGCUGGCGGCGUAUUUGUACCUUUCUGGAAAUCUCUUCCCUUCACUGACAUACAUGCCGCGAUCACUCCCGACGUGUUGCAUCAGCUCUAUCAGGGUGUACUCAAGCACCUUAUAGCCUGGUGCAACGCAUGUAUGUCACCCGACGAGCUCGACCGCCGCAUCCGUACGCUCCCCCCUACGUUCGGUGUUCGGCACUUCAGCAAUGGCCUGUCUGCUCUGUCCCAGAUCUCGGGAAGCGAGCGCAAGCAGAUGGCCAAGAUUCUGCUGGGCUGUCUUGUCGGCAUCAUCGCGCCCUCCGGAAUCAAGGCUUGUCGCGGCCUCCUCGACUUCAUAUAUUAUGCCCAAUACUCCUCCCACGACGACCAGUCCCUUCGCGAGAUGCAGGCUGCGCUCGACGCUUGGGAGACUAAUAAACAAUACUUCAUCUCGGCUGAAGUGCGCAGCCACCUUAAUAUCCCGAAAUUCCAUUCCCUCCUCCACUACGUCGAGUCGAUCCGUCUCUUGGGGUCCACCGACAACUACAACACCGAAAUGUUCGAGCGGCUACAUAUCGACUUCGCCAAGAAGGGCUGGCGGGCUUCGAACAAGCGCGAUGCAUUCCCGCAAAUGACGGCGUGGCUUGAACGCCAGGAAAAAAUCGCUGCCUUCGAGACCUUCAUCGACGCCACCGUCCCGUCACCGCCUAGUGCCAACGAGCUCGCGUUGCCUUCGAAGGCCAAGAACGUCGCUGUCCGCAUCGCGAAGCAUCCGAACAAGGUAGUGACUCUCGCCUCGAUCGAAGCUACACACAAUGCGCCCGGCUUCUCUGCCCGUCUCAAGCAAUACCUAAAUACCCUCUCCCCCCAUCCUACCACAGCUGCUCGUGCUCUCGCCUAUGAUCUUCCCUUCAAACGUGUCAAUGUUGUGAGAAUCAGAGACCUUCGGGAGAGCACGGAUAUCGAGCUAUGAGGCAACGAUAAGCUCAGUGCUCGGUCUACGUAGUGAUAGAGCGACU